AUUAAAUAAACUGAGUUGCGACUAAGGAAGUGAUGUCUGAGUUCUGAAGAGACAGAAUACUCUCUGGGCCUGUUGAGGAAAGCUUGAACGAUUAUACUGAAAUUACAAUGAGAACGACUAACAUUUGUAUCGUCGCGCUGACGCUGUGGGUGUGCUCAGCUGCACAAACCAGGAUUCCUCUGAAAAAAGGACGCAGGUGGGGAUGGAUGAUGCUGGACAAUGGUAUAACUGUAGAAGAGCUGCAGAAACUGGAUAAAACAAUGGGCAGUUCUGCUGAAGUGAGGAACACAUCAACUUUUGAAAGGCUGACCAAUUUCAUGGAUGCCCAGUACUAUGGAGAAAUUGAGAUUGGCACACCCCCCCAAACGUUUACUGUGAUAUUCGACACCGGCUCAUCCAACCUGUGGGUGCCUUCCUCCAAGUGCUCUUUCUUCAACCUGGCCUGCUGGUUGCACCAUCGCUACAAUUCUGGAAAGUCUAGCACCUAUGCCAAGAAUGGAACACAGUUUGCUAUUCAUUAUGGUCGAGGAAGUCUGUCUGGAUUUCUGAGUAAUGACACCAUCACUAUUGGAGACCUAGUUGUGACCAAUCAGUUGUUUGGAGAAGCAGUGAAACAGCCAGGCAUCAUGUUUGUGGCAGCACAUUUUGAUGGUAUUUUAGGAAUGGCCUACCCUGUGAUAUCUGUGCAAGGAGCCCCUCCAUUGUUUGAUACUGCAAUGCAGCAGAAGAAGCUGCCACAGAACAUUUUCUCUUUUUACUUGAACAGAGAUCCAGCUGGUAAAGUGGGUGGAGAGCUGAUUUUGGGAGGUGUUGAUUCCAAGUAUUUCAAGGGAGAAUUCCAUUAUGUCAAUGUUACACGCAAGGCAUACUGGGAGAUCAAAGCUGAUGGGAUCUCUGUUGGGAAACAGUUGUCACUAUGCAAGGGUGGCUGCCAAGCCAUUGUGGACACAGGCACUUCUUUAAUAGUUGGUCCAACUCAAGAGAUUCGUUCUUUGCAAAAAGCAAUUGGGGCCAAACCACUUUUCAUGGGAGAGUAUAUGGUUGACUGCGAGCAGAUCCCCUCUCUUCCUAUAGUGACCUUUAUUCUUGGAGGGAAGCAGUUCAACUUGACUGCCCAUGAUUAUGUUGUUAAGGAAACCCUAUCUGGAAUUUCUGUCUGUCUGAGUGGAUUUAUGGGAAUGGAUAUCCCUCCACCUGCUGGGCCAUUGUGGAUUUUGGGAGAUGUUUUCAUCGGCCCGUACUACACUGUUUUUGAUCGGGAGUAUGAUCGUGUCGGUUUUGCCACAGCAGUUUAAGAUUACAACAGAACGUGUUUGCAUGAAUUAACCAGGCAUCUUUAAUGAUGGCAACAUGUCUAACAGCAUGUGCAACAAAGUAAAAUCAUCCAAAAUUUAUAGCUUCAGCUCUGCCUUGCAGCAUGAUUUUUUGCUUUGCUUGUAUUGAGUUCAAAUACAAAUGAAGAGUUACAGAUCCUGAAA